AUGAAGGAAAACCAUCAGAAAACAAAUGAGCAAAGUCAAGACUCAUCCAAAGAUGAAGCCACAGAAAAAAGGACUGCAAGUAAGAAAGAGAAGGAGAAAAUACUCGGCGUGGGAUUUUUCCAACUGUUCCGGUUUGCUACUCAGAAGGAAAUCUUUAUGAUGGUGAUAGGAGGUUUGUGUGCCCUCGUCCACGGUGCCGCCUCCCCUCUCAUGCUGCUGGUCUAUAGCAUGAUGACCAACACUUUUGUGGCGUACGAACUGGAAAUUCAGGAACUGGCCGAUCCCAACAAAACCUGCAUCGAUAACAUAGUGACCUGGAUUAAUGGGACUGUCGUGGAGCUGGAUGAUAAUACCACUGUGUCAUGUGGCUUUGUGGAUAUUGAGGCACAGAUGACCAUGUUUGCUUACUACUAUGUUGGCAUUGGAGUGGGAGUGCUGAUCGUUAGUUAUUUUCAGAUUGCUCUGUGGGUUUCUGCAGCUGCAAGACAGACUCAAAAGAUUCGACAAACGUACUUUAGGAAGAUCAUGAGCAUGGAGAUCGGCUGGUUCGACUGCAAUUCUGUCGGAGAGCUGAACACUAGAAUAUCUGAUGACAUUAAUAAAAUCAACAACGCGAUAGCUGAUCAGGUGGCUAUUUUCAUUGAGAGGAUCUCUACAUUCAUUUUUGGAUUUCUGGUGGGGUUUGUUGGAGGGUGGAAGUUGACUCUGGUGGUGAUCGCAGUGAGUCCUCUCAUUGGACUGGCAGCAGGACUCAUGGCCAUGGCGGUUGCGAGGCUGACGGGUCGAGAGCUGCUGGCUUACGCUAAAGCUGGAGCCAUAGCUGAUGAAGUCCUGUCUUCUAUCAGAACAGUCACAGCAUUUGGAGGAGAGAAUAAAGAAACAGAGAGAUACGACAAGAACCUUGAGGAGGCCCAGAGCUGGGGGGUGAAGAAAGGGAUGAUCAUUGGAGUUUUCCAGGGUUACCUGUGGUGCAUUAUUUUCCUCUGUUAUGCCCUGGCGUUCUGGUACGGCUCCAAGCUCGUCAUUGACACCAAAGAGCUCACACCCGGUACCCUCAUCCAGGUGUUCUUUGGUGUCCUGAUGGGAGCCAUGAACCUGGGCCAGGCUUCCCCGUGUCUGGAGGCCUUCGCUUCGGGUCGUGCUGCAGCCAAAAGCAUUUUUGACACCAUUGACAGGGAACCAGAAAUUGAUUGUUUCUCAGAGGAAGGACACAAAUUAGAGAAAGUCAAAGGUGACAUUAAAUUCCACAGCGUUGGUUUUAACUAUCCCUCCAGGCCUGAAGUGAAGAUUUUAGAUGAUUUAGACUUGUUGGUUAAAGCUGGGGAGACUACAGCAUUUGUUGGACCGAGUGGAUCUGGAAAGAGUACUGCAGUCCAGCUCAUUCAGAGGUUUUAUGACCCUCAAAAAGGAAUGGUCACCCUGGACGACCAUGACAUUAGAAGUCUGAACAUUCAGUGGCUGCGUUCUUUAAUAGGCAUCGUAGAACAGGAACCGGUUCUCUUUGCCACGACUAUUGCAGAGAACAUCCGUUACGGCCGUGCCGGAGUGACCAUGGAAGAGAUCGUUCAGGCUUCCAAAGAAGCCAAUGCGUAUAACUUCAUCAUGGACCUGCCACAGAAAUUUGAUACACUGGUUGGCGAGGGUGGAGGUCAGAUGAGCGGUGGGCAGAAGCAAAGGAUUGCCAUCGCUCGAGCACUGGUCCGAAAUCCCAAAAUCCUUCUGCUGGAUAUGGCCACCUCAGCUUUGGACAAUGAGAGUGAAGCUGUAGUGCAGGAGGCUCUGGACAAGGCUCGCGUGGGAAGAACGACUAUCACUAUAGCCCAUCGUCUGUCCACAAUCCGUAACGCUCAUGUGAUUGUGGGCUUCGAGCACGGUCGUGCUGUGGAGAGGGGCGUACAUAGUGAGCUAAUGGACAGACAAGGCAUUUAUUUCAUGCUGGUUACACUCCAGAAUCAAGGGAAUGAUGCAUCAAAUCCUGCAACAAACAACACAUCUAAGAGCAGCAUCGCUGAGCAGGAGAAGUUGGAGAAAACAAGAAGUUUUAGCCGAGGAAGUUAUGAAUCCAGUUUGAGGAACUCUCUACGAAUGCGGUCAAAGUCUCAAAUGCCGAAUAGUGUCAUGGAUGCCAGAUCUGGAGAAUUUAAAAUUGAUGCGGACACUUUUGGAAUGGAGACGGACAAUGAAAUUAAGAAAACGUUUAAUGAUGCGGAACAACUGACCGAAUCGGACCCGGUGGCUCGGAUUUUGAAGUAUAACCGACCUGAAUGGCCGUAUAUAGUCCUCGGCUCUCUGGGAGCAGCCGUAAAUGGAUCGGUCAACCCCAUUUACGCCCUCUUAUUCAGCCAGAUUCUAGGGACGUUCGCCAUCACAGACCUAGAUAAGCAGAGAGAGCAGAUCGAUGGCAUUUGUGUUCUGUUUGUCGCAGUCGGGCUCCUGAGUUUCUUCUCACAGUUCCUACAAGGCUAUGCUUUUGCCAAGUCUGGAGAGCUUCUGACUCGCAGGCUGAGGAAGAUCGGCUUCCAGGCUAUACUCCAACAGGAGAUCGGAUGGUUUGAUGAUCCUAAUAACAGUCCUGGAACUCUAACCACCAGACUGGCUACUGAUGCAUCUAUGGUUCAAGGGGCUACAGGCUCUCAGAUCGGCAUGGUUGUGAACUCCCUGACGAAUAUUGGAGCCUCGUUCAUCAUCGCGUAUUACUUCAGCUGGAAGCUUAGUCUGGUGGUCACUUGCUUUCUUCCUCUGAUUGGCCUCUCUGGAGUUUUCCAAGCUAAAAUGCUGACUGGGUUUGCUAACGAGGACAAAAAAGCCAUGGAGGCAGCAGGACAGGUGUCCAGUGAAGCUAUGGCCAACAUAAGGACCAUCGCAGGUUUAGCUAAAGAGAAGCAGUUUGUAGAUCUGUACGAGCAGCAGCUGAAAGCCCCCUACAAAGCAGCCAAGAAAAAAGCAAAUGUUUAUGCCAUCUGUUUUGCUUUUGCCCAGUGUGUUAUCUUCAUGGCUUACGCUGCCUCGUUUAGAUACGGUGGCUAUUUGGUAAAUUACGAGGGACUUCAGUAUGUGGUUGUUUUCCGAGUCAUCUCUGCCCUUGUAAUCAGUGGAACAGCUCUCGGAAAAGCUUCGUCCUUCACUCCAGACUAUGCAAAAGCCAAAACUGCUGCUGCCCAGUUCUUUAAAAUGCUGGACAGGGUGCCAAAAAUCAGUGUUGGUCAACAAGAGGGACGACAGUUGGCUAACUUCAAGGGUAGGAUCGAGUUUAAGAACUGUAGGUUUACUUAUCCGAGCCGGCCUGAUAUUCAGGUACUGAGGGGACUGGAGGUGGAAGUGAGUCCUGGUCAGACUCUUGCUUUUGUCGGCAGCAGUGGAUGCGGAAAGAGCACAAGCGUCCAGCUGCUGGAAAGGUUUUAUGAUCCAGACCAAGGCCAAGUGCUGAUCGACGGAUGCCCGUCCCAGCUGAUUAAUGUACCAUUCCUGAGGUCUCAGAUUGGAAUUGUAUCUCAGGAACCUGUGCUUUUUAAAGGUACUAUUGCUGAAAACAUCCAAUAUGGAGACAACUCACGAUUAAUCACCAUGGAGGAGGUUAUCGAGGCAUCCAAGAAGGCGUAUCUGCAUGAUUUUGUGAUGAGUCUACCUGCUAAAUAUGAGACUCAGGUUGGAGCUCAGGGUUCUCAACUAUCCAGAGGGCAAAAGCAGCGUAUAGCUAUCGCUCGUGCCAUCAUCAGAAACCCCAAAAUCCUUCUUCUGGAUGAGGCCACCUCUGCCCUGGACACAGAGAGUGAAAAGAUGGUUCAGACAGCGCUGGAUGAAGCUCGGCGAGGUCGGACGUGCAUCGUCAUCGCCCACAGACUCUCCACCAUUCAGUCUGCUGAUAUUAUAGCCGUCAUGUCACAGGGGGUCGUCAUUGAAAAAGGCACACACGAAGAGCUCAUGGCUAAGACAGGGGCGUACCACAAACUGGUCACUACAGGUGCACCUAUAAGUUAA